CACUAUUUUAUUAUUAUUAAAUACAUUCAUUAAAAUAUUACAAAUACAAAUAUGAGUUUUAGUUAAGUAAUAAAAAAGGCUCUUCAAACAUUAAACCGAUAGUAUUUGGAGCAUUCAUAGUACUAAAAGUAUUUAUUGACUAACGCUGUUAGAAUAGUCAAUCAUAAGCACAUUUCUACUGAUAAUCCAAAUAGAUAUAACUUUUUUGAGAGACAAUCAGCAUUUUUAUUUUUGAUAACAUAAUCUCCAAAUAAAUUUAAGCUAAUUUUAAAUUUGGCAUCAUACAACUUACAAAAACACACAAAUACACUAAACUGGACUUUUAAAUGGCUUAAAAGAGUAACGUUUUUGAUAUUUAGUGGAUUAUUAUCUUUUGGUUCUUAUAAAUCUUACUUAGAGUAUCAAAAGCUAUAAGAAUUAAUGAAAGAAUAAAACAAUAUAAUAUAUUAGCAAAGUACAAGCUGGCUAGGAAUGAUAAUAAGGUAACAAGUUUAUAAAAAUACAAUGAUCCAAGAUAAUCUCUAAGGCUUGAUUGUUAAUUUAUGUGAAAAGCCUUCUAUAAGACAUAAUACUGUUAAAGGUCUAAUUAGAAUUUAUGAUAUUAAAGAUGUUAAAAAUAAUACACCUAUUCUUAUAAAACAAGUUCUGAAAACAUCAGUUUUUUAUGAUGAUUUUAUUUUUCAAAAAUUAAAAAUGAUAAUAAUAUAACAACUAUAAAACCCCUAAACUAGAAAAUUGCUUUAAGAUCUUCUAGUUUCUUUUGGAAGUUCUGAUACUUGCAAAGACUUAGUGGCUUCAAAUUUAGCGAAUGCAUUAGGUAAUAAAGAAGUUGUUGAUCUUGUGAAUAGAACUGCUUUUUCAACUCUCCACGAAUAUUUAGAAAAUCCAGAAUUAAGAUAAUAUAUAGCAAAUAAAAUUAGGUCUUCCGUUUCAAGUAUGAAUUAGUCUUAGUAAACUUAGUAAUGAUUUAAACUCUAUACAACGCAUACAGUUUAUAUAAUAAAUUAUCUUUAAAAUAUAACACAUUUGUUUAUAUAUUUAUAAUUCUUAUUUAUUUAUUUACUCUUACUAUUAUCAAAUACUUUACUAAAAAUUACAAUUCUG